AUGAACGCGGCCGGCUUCCCCUGCCUGCGAGGCAUGUGCACUCUGCCGGCUCCCAGCCCCGCCGCCGCGGCCAGCCCCGGCUCCCCCGGGCCGGCGCGGGGGUCUCCGCAGGCGCCGCCGCCGCCGCCUCCCGCCGGGGGCCGCCGAAGGAAGCGGCCGGUGCAGCGGGGCAAGCCCCCGUACUCCUACAUCGCCCUCAUCGCCAUGGCCAUCGCCAACGCCGCCGAGAGGAAGCUCACCUUGGGGGGCAUCUACAAGUUCAUCACGGAGCGUUUCCCCUUCUACCGGGAGAACCCAAAGAAGUGGCAGAACAGCAUCCGCCACAACCUCACCCUCAACGACUGCUUCGUUAAGAUUCCCCGGGAGCCCGGACAUCCCGGCAAGGGCAACUACUGGACACUGGAUCCGGCUGCAGAGGACAUGUUCGACAACGGGAGCUUCCUGCGCCGGAGGAAGCGCUUCAAGCGCACCGACAUCACCACCUACCCCGGCUACAUGCAGAACUCCAGCGCCUUCACGCCCCCGCCCGCCGGGCGCCCCACGGCACCCACAGCGCCCUACCCCAAUGCCCUCUGCUCGCCCGGCUACGGCCCGCAGCUCUCCAGCAGCGUUUUCCACCCCUACGCGGCCGGGGCAGCACCGCCGGCACAGCAUCCCAGGAUGUUCAGCAUCGACAGCCUCAUCAGCGGGCAGCAGGCCCUGCAACCCUCGCCGCCCUCCGAGCUGGGCCACCCAUCGCUGGGCUUGCCCGGAGCCGAGCUGGCUCCUGCCUGCUCUGCCGGCAGUUCCGAGCCUCCCUGCUUCCAGGCACAGCCUGUCAGCCCCGGCUUGUUGGGCCGGGCCGGCCCCAACUCCCUGGCGUACCCCUACGCCGCCUCGCCCCCGCACCUGCCCGUGGCUCAGGGCAGCUACUCGCCCAGCAGCCCGCAGCUCUACGGGGCUCCCAACAGACUGGCCCUGCCGGCCAUGCGGCCCCCGGCCUGUGCCGAGCACGGCGAGCAGCUGCUGGGGCUCUCCGCCUCACCCCUCGGCCAGUUCGGCUCCAGCAACACCUACAUGAGGCAGCCCAACUUCCCCGCCGGCCUGGAGCGGUACAUGUGA